AUGCGUGAGUUUUUACUCAAUCUUCCAAUGGAAGAGGAGAGUAAAAGCAAUCGAAUCAAAGAAGCAACGCAAAGAGCAAAAGGUCCAGGCUUUUUGAGAAUGGGAUUGUCGUUGAGAUUGUGGCUUUCGAGUGUACUCGUCCUUACACAGCUUGUUCAUGGAGCUCUAUGUUGGGGAAAGGAUGGUCAUUACACUGUCUGCAAAAUAGCCGAAGGAUACUUUGAGGAGGAAACAGUAGCUGCAGUGAAGAAACUUCUGCCUGAAACAGCUGAAGGAGAUCUUGCAUCUGUUUGCUCAUGGCCUGAUGAAAUUAAACGCUUCUCAGAAUGGCAAUGGACUAGCUCUAUGCACUAUAUCAACACACCUGAAUACAGAUGCAACUACGAAUAUUGUCGGGACUGCCACGACACUCAUGGGCAUAAGGACUGGUGUGUGACGGGAGCAAUCUUCAAUUACACAAAGCAACUAAUGUCUGCUUCUGUAAACUCACAGAGUAUUGUCCAUUAUAACUUGACAGAGGCUCUCAUGUUCUUAUCACAUUACAUGGGAGAUGUUCAUCAGCCCUUGCAUACUGGUUUUCUUGGAGACUUAGGUGGUAACACGAUCAUAGUCCACUGGUACCAACGCAAAACAAAUCUGCACCAUGUAUGGGAUAACAUGAUAAUUGAAUCCGCUCUUGAAACAUACUACAACUCAAGUCUCCCACUCAUGAUUCAAGCCCUUCAAGCCAAACUCACGAACGGCUGGUCAAAUGAUGUUCCAUUGUGGGAAUCAUGUCAACUUAACCAAACAGCCUGUCCAAAUCGUAUGGUUCUUUCAUAUGUUAUAAGGUACGCUUCUGAAAGCAUAGAUCUUGCCUGCAAGUAUGCUUAUAGGAAUGCCACACCAGGAACUACUUUAGGAGAUGACUAUUUCCUCUCUCGGCUACCCAUUGUAGAGAAAAGACUUGCGCAAGGAGGGAUUCGCUUAGCGGCAACUCUUAACCGUAUCUUUUCUGCAAAACCAAAGCUUUCUAGACUCUAGAGCAUGAAACUAAUGAUAACAAAGUUCCUGCUAUUGUUCUUUUCUUCUUAGGAAGGCCCUUCUCUAUAAUGGAACUUGUCUUUGAUUUAUUCAAUGCUUACAUCUUUUACAUUUGAUGAUAUGAAAUUAUGAAUCAAUGUGAGGUUAUUCCUCUAAGGUCUCUCUUGUUUAAGUUUUUUUGUUU